AUGGGGCAGGGGCAGGAGGGGCAGCAGAAGGAGGAGGUCAAUGGCAGUCCAAUGACUCUCCUCCUUGCGGCACGCAGCAACAACGGCGAUGCUGCUGCUGCUGCUAAGGAGAACAUCACCACCAACACCAACACCACUACCACCACAACAACAAGUGAGCGGCCACGGCGGCCGCCUCAGCGGAAGAAGAAGUUCAUCUGCUCCGUCUGCUCGAAGGCCUUUAUCUCCUCCAGCCACCUGANAACAACAAGUGAGCGGCCACGGCGGCCGCCUCAGCGGAAGAAGAAGUUCAUCUGCUCCGUCUGCUCGAAGGCCUUUAUCUCCUCCAGCCACCUGAGGGAGCACAUGCGACGGCACACGGGGGAGCGGCCCUUCCAGUGUGACCGCUGCCAGAAGGGCUUCACCAAAUCCUAUGACCUGAGAAGACAUCUUCGGACGCACACGGGGGAGAAGCCGUACCGCUGUACGGUCUGCCCGAAGGCGUACGCCUCGCUGGUCGACCUGCGGAAGCACCGCCUGAGGAAGGGUCAUCUUCCGGAGAUGGAGCUGGGGCAGCUGGAGCAGGUCAAUGGCAACGGCGACUCUCUGACUACUGUGGCAAAAAAUAACAACAACCGCAAAAAUGGCAGCUACGGCUCACUAUCUGUUUUAGCUGAAUCUCUACCCGUUUUCUACCCACUAACACUGCCAGCACUUUGCAAACACAGCAGUUCUAUGUUAAGCCAAUUUCUCCCCUCUCCCAAUUUACCGUCAUCCUCAUCCACAUCAUCAUCAACUUCAGCAAAGCACAACAUGAGCCACCGAGUUGAAGCAGCUCCUGCCAACGAGGAGAUUGUAGAAAUCAACAGCGACGAUGAGGGCACAAUUGAUUUGGGCUCAGAAGAUGAGGGAACUGUUGAUUUGGAGGCAGAAGAUGGUGAGGACGGAAAUUUACUGCCAUCACCAGAAGAAGAUGAAGAUGAACUGGCUCUAACAAACAGGGAGUUCAAUGAGCAGUUUGUCUACCACACCACACCUCCAUCUCCUUUUCCCAAUUAUCCCUCUCCUCCUCCUCAUUUACCACUUCCCAAUCGCCCCAAUGAUGCUACCACCAAUAAUCCAAAUGCACCCCAGAACACUACAGUACAGGACAAUGCUGAACAACUUGGCAAUCAGCAGCCAACAGAAACCGAUCAACCAGUGGCAGUGGCUGAAAUAGCAGUGAAUGGAGGUACAGUGAUGAACACUGCUGCCACUGCUGAUGAUGUGCAUCAAUCCACUGAAGCUGAUGACCUGAGAGACACUGAUAAUGAACGGAGGAGGAGACCGUACCGCUGUACAGUCUGCCCGAAAGCAUUUACCCAAAAGUGUGACCUAAAAAAACAUCUUCGCAUUCACACAGGCGAGCGGCCGUACCAGUGUACAGUCUGUCCGAAAACAUUCACCCAAACGGGUAGCCUAACAAUUCACCUUCGGAAACAUACUGGCGAACGGCCAUACCAGUGUGACCGGUGCCAGAAAUCAUUCAUUAGCCAGAGUGAACUGACAGUUCACCUUCGCACACACAGUGGCGAGCGGCCGUACCAGUGUACAGUCUGUUCGAAAGCAUUCACCAAAAAGAGUCACCUAACAGACCACCUUCGUAGCCACGCCGGGGAACGGCCAUUUCAGUGUGACCAGUGCCCAAAAGCAUUCACCCAAAAGAGAAACCUAACAGUUCACCUUCGGACACACAGUGGCAAGCGGCCGUACCAGUGUACAGUCUGUUCGAAAGCAUUCACCCAAAAGAGUCACCUAACAGCUCACCUUCGUAGCCACGCCGGGGAACGGCCAUUUCAGUGUGACCAGUGCCCAAAAGCAUUCACCCAAAAGAGUCACCUAACAGCUCACCUUCGUAGCCACGCCGGGGAACGGCCAUUUCAGUGUGACCAGUGCCCAAAAGCAUUCACCCAAAAGA